AGUUUAAAAGUUUAGAGUUAUGGUGGGGAGAUAUUGAAUAUUCUGACGCGUGACAGUGCUAUAAGAGUAUGUCUGUGGUGUUCUAAUGAUCGCAGCGAUGAAACGAAUGGUUUCAAGAAACAGCUUGAAAAUCGGUCAUUGUAUUCUUCUCCAAGCCCUCCUCUUAAUAUUCUGCCAUCCUGUGGAAGGGGUGGAUGAGACUCGCACCUACACGGUAACGGUAAGAAACGGAUUUCUGAAAGCAGUGGACAACGAAACACCGAAAGAAAACUUGAGCCCAGAAGUCAAAAAGUUUGAAAGAAAAAUCCACUGCUGGACAAGUAAUCAGACAUACGGUGAGACGAGCUAUAACCUUAACUUGGCCCAAUACACGGAAGUAUGCGAAAAUGACCCUGGAUUCUACCAGUACUGCGGAACAGCUCCACUGGGAGCCAUGGCCCAAAUCCAAGCAUUCGGGAUAAAUGGCACACUUUGUGGUUCUUAUAUUUGCACUAACAAGAAGUUUCCUGUCCUGGGAGAUCUCAGUCCAGUUACGCACGACUCUGGUCUGUAUCCGUUGAAGAGAUUCCAGUGCAGUGGAAACUAUGACAUUUGUGAUAACAUCGAAGCGGAGAAGUUGAGGACGAAAAACUGUGGCAGUGAGAAAUGGUUUCACUGUGAGAUUAGUGGUGUUACAGUGCCGAUGGAAAACAAAUGCGAUGGUGUCAAUGACUGCCUUGCGACCGAGGAUGAAAUGGCAGAAGAUUGUCAACAUGAUUAUGGAAUAACAUGCGAAAGCAGCAAGGACAUCGUGCAAGGAGCCAAGAUAUGGAGGAGCCCCCUUGACACAUGUAAAAUGGAUGAAGAAAGCAGCAUCUGCAUAGACGAAAUAGACCUGUACAACAAAUCAGAAGCCUGCAGUCCCUCAGUCCAGGUUGGUUCAUGUCCCCGUAGAAAGGGUGGCGACCUGAUACCCCUCUUCCCGGCCCAGAUGUGUGGGGCGUACAGUUACUACAACCCAGAAGAUAGCAGACUAGCAGAACGAGUCUGUUAUGAUGGGAGGGAUCAGAUAAACUGCACGAACAGGGACAUCGUGUUCACCUGCAACCACACCCCAACAAAUCACACAAUAUCUCUGACAGAUGUUGUUCUCUGUAAAAACCUCGGACUAUGCACAGAUAACAUCCCCGACCUGUGCGAGGAACCCGAAGCAAGCUGCAAGGUGCACAGACAUUUCAUGUGUGAUGGGGUAGACAACUGUGAUAACGGUCAGGACGAAGUUCAUUGUAAGGAACUCCAAACCGAGGUGAAUUGCCUGCGGAGGGUAAGGAAAACACCAGGAGAUGGCCAGGAGCCUGUGAAAAUGCCAAUACUCAAAUCUUGGGUCAAUGACGGAGUGGUUGACUGUGAUAAUGGAGAGGACGAGGAUGUGGACAUUUGGAAGGUCUGUGAGUAUGUUUUAAAGGGAGACAGGAAAGUAGACAAGUUCUCAUAUAAAAAUGCUGAUAGCACAUGCAAUGCAGCAUUUAUAUGCAACCCUGAUGAAAAGGACGUCAAGGACGUGGUUCUGAUUGAUCCUAACGACAUGUGUGACGGCAGGCAAAAGAAGGGCUGCCCUAUAGAAUCUUCACUCUGCCUGUUAUCCAGAGACAAGGAAGUGAACGUCGAUGUUUUCAGUCCAAACCGCCUACAGAAGUACCUUGAUCCGUGUAUCCCAGGCAUUAUGAACGAAGGAAACCAUAGUCAGGUGACGUGUAAGAAUUACAUUCUUGAGGACUCUUAUGGAACUCAACCAAUAGAGAUAUCAGGACCAGCAGAUCGACUGUACGACUGCGCAUACCUCUUCGGAGAAUUCUAUGUUUAUUCGUCCUGUCUGAACUUAUGCAGUGAUAAAAGUGUGGUUUGUCCCAUUAGAAAGGUUAACUAUUUGACAUCGUGUCCUGAUAUGCCCAACCGAACCCUAACUCUUACAAAGAAAGGUGAUUUGACAUUUGUAGAACCCAUUGAAGACGGAAAAUUCAUCAAUAAAGAAAUGUUCCCUUGUGAAAACGGCAGGUGUGUGCUUUACAGCCAAACCUGUGACCUCAUAAACGAUUGUGGGGAUAACUCAGACGAAAAGUACUGCAAUAAUCACUUCUCCUGUGAUAAUGCUACCCAUGAGAUAAUCAAAAAGUCUCAAUUUUGCGAUGGAAUCAUCCACUGUUCGAACGAGUAUGACGAAUGCCAUGAAGACUGCCCUCAAGGAAACAACAAAACAAUUCUCCAAUCUACAGUGCUGCGGGUGUUCGGAUGGCUGAUCGGCAUCCCAGCGAUCCUCAUGAACGGUUUUAUGAUGUUAAGGAAUCUUACUGGUAUGCUAAAGGGUGAACACAGCACUGCAGUCAGUCUCAGCAUAUCCGCUCUCGUGACCCUCAUUGCUCUGGGAGACUUCUUUGUGGGUCUCUAUCUUGUUUGUAUUAGUAUUGAGAAUGUCACAAGGAGUGAGGGUUUUUGCAAAGAGGAGCGAAAGUGGCUAACUUCGUCCUCUUGUGAAUUCUAUGGAGUUAUAUCAACUUUUGGGUCUGAGCUAUCAGUCUUUGCCAUGACUUCUUUAAGCGUCUACCGAGCUUUUGUUAUGAGAAGGUUGAACACUGGACAGAGACCUCAGGCAAAAUUUAAAUUCUUGCUUGGAAUAGGGUGUUUGGUGUUGACCUCAUUAGCUUUCCUAAUAGCCAUAAUACCGAUAGAACCCCAUCUUCACGAAGCCUACUUUAAUAAUGGAUACUUCAUAGAAAAUGCAGCUUUUUUUCUGAGUCCAAAAAAAAGUGGUGAAUUUUGGCCACUGUUACGAAAAUAUUUUGGUGCUAAUGACAUUGAAAACAUUGCAAACAGUUCAACAAGUGUGAAGAGAAAGGUCGAAGAAAUGUUCAGCAAGUCCAGUGACGCAGACGGCGAGCAACUGAAUUUUAAAAUUCUUGGUUUCUAUGGCAGCAGUGGUUCGUGCACUUUCAAGUUCUUUGUGGACGAGGACGAUCCGCAAAAACACUACACGUGGGCUGUCCUGAUGAUAAACUUGGCCAGUUUAUUCAUCAUAUCUGCUGGCUACUUUUCAGUUCAUCUGCUUACACAAAACUCUGCCAAUAAAGUCGGGAUAACGAACAAAUUUGGACCCUUGCAGCGGAAGAUAACUUUCAUCAUCUUCACAGACUUUCUGUGCUGGCUUCCCUUUAUUGUAGUCUGUGUCAUAUACUACAUAGACAAGAAUAUAAUAAACGAGAAAGAUCUGUAUCCAGCGUUUGCCACAAUAGUUUUACCAAUAAACUCAAUCAUCAACCCUCUUCUUUACGACAACGUUCUUGCGACUCUUCCGUCAUAUUUCUGGCGAAAACUGACUCAUUAUGCUCGUUUGAUCUUACCACAGUCCUGCUCAAAUUGGAGCGGAUUGAGGAGAAGAUUUACCGACAACGGAGAAUUUAGAGAUCAUUCUAAGAAGACAGUGCUCAGCUUGGACCAGUUUGGUAACAAGAAUCUUCAGAUUAGUCAGAAAGAUAUUAACAACUCGAGGGUUUCGCAAGUUACAGCUUGCUAAAUACUGUAUAUAAUAAUCUUGUAAUAUUCUUUAGAAUUAUAACUUGACAAGAACUUAACCUUGAUCGAUAAUUUAGAUAGAUGAUUCAGAUAUUGGAUAUUAUUCAGUAUUAUAUAAUAUAUGAUAAGAAUUCAGAACGAUGUGUUAUUGUUAAAGGCAUAUAAUAUUCGUUGAGUGCAUUGAGGAUGAAUGAUUUGUGAAAUUUAUUUGUCGCUGAUUCGCUACUCUAUGGCUGUUAUGUAUACGAUUACGAUGUACCUCAUCAGAUCGUCAAUGAGGUAUUGUCAAAUGACGCUCUCAUUUUGUAACAUAUUAUGCUCAUUCUGUGUUGGU